AUGAGCUCACUGAAUUUAAUUCAAACACUUAAUGGAACCAACUAUAAGAAGUGGAGGCAAGAUAUUGAAAUAACUCUCGGGCUCAUAGAUUUUGAUUUAGGUCUAAGAGAGAAUGAACCAACCAAGCCUACUGAUGAUGCAAUUGCAGAAAAGAAGAAUGAAUAUGAAAAGUGGGUUAAGGCUAACAGAAUAGCGCUAAUGGUAAUCAAAAGGUCAAUGUCUGAUCUAGUUCGAGGGACAAUCACUGAGUUAGAUAAUGCUAAGGCAUAUCUUGACUCCAUAGAAGCCAAGUUCAAGGAAUCCGAGAAGGUUGAAACUGGAACACUUAUGAACACCCUUAUAACCACUAAGUACCUUGGUGGUGAUGUGAGAGAGCACAUUCUUUCAAUGGUUGAUGUAGCUGCAAAACUUAAUGCACUUAACAUUAAGAUAGAUGAUCCUUUUCUAGUUCAUCUCGCCCUAAAUUCCUUACCCUAUGAGAGUUCAAAAAGAAAAAUGGGACUUGAACUGAGCUGA